AUGGAAACAACUACAUCGAUGGAUGUCGAGGAACAACAACCUUCGCCAACACCCAACAACGUUAAACACUUCGGUCUAAAAAAUUCCAUUCAAACCAAUUUCGGCGACGACUAUGUUUUCCAAAUAAUCCCAAAGGAUGAUUGGAGUGCAAUGGCGGUUUCACUGUCAACGAAUGCGGUGAAACUGUAUUCACCAGUGGUGGGUCAGUAUUAUGGGGAGUGCAAGGGUCACUCUGGAACUAUCAACCAGAUUUUGUUUUCGGGUCCUUCGAAUCCUCAUGUUCUUAGCUCGUGUUCUUCAGAUGGCACUAUCCGAGCUUGGGACACAAGAUCAUUUCAGCAGGUUUCUGUUCUCAAUGCCGGUCCUUCUCAAGAAGUCUUUAGUUUCUCUACUGGAGGGCCUAAUGGAAGUUUAGUUGCUGCCGGUUGUGAUUCGCAGGUACUGUUAUGGGAUUGGAGAAAUAACAAGCAAAUUGCUUGUCUAGAAGAUUCUCAUAUGGAUGAUGUAACUCAGGUUCAUUUUGUCCCUGAUGAACCAGGCAAGCUCAUUUCGGCUUCAGUAGAUGGGUUGAUCUGCAUAUUUGAUACCAGCGGAGAUAUCAAUGAUGAUGAUCAUCUAGAUUCAGUGAUUAAUGUGGGAACUUCAAUUGCCAAGGUGGGUUUUUUUGGAGAGAGUUAUCAAAAGCUUUGGUGUUUAACACAUAUUGAAACCGCAAGUAUCUGGGAUUGGAAAGAUGGUAGAAAUGAAGUAAACUUCUCAGAAGCUCGUACUUUAGCUUCUGAAAGUUGGAAUUUGGAUCAUGUUGACUAUUUUGUUGACUGUCACUACUCGAAAGAAGCUGAAAAACUAUGGUUGAUUGGUGGCACAAAUGCGGGUACAUUAGGUUAUUUUCCUGUAAAUUACAGUGGAACGGCAACAAUUGGAGCUGCAGAAGCAAUUCUUGAAGGUGGCCAUACAAGUGUUGUUAGAAGUGUUCUACCCAUGUCCAGAAUUCAUAGUGAACUUGGUAGUAGUAGUAGUAGUCGUCAUAGCUCAGGCAUUUUUGGAUGGACGGGUGGGGAAGAUGGAAGGCUAUGCUGUUGGUUGUCCGAUGAUUCCCCUCAAAAAAAUCAAUCUUGGAUUUCAAGUACAUUGGUUAUGAAACCAGAAAGAACUUGCAAGAAAAAUCGUCAUCAACCCUACUAA